AUGGAAAGAAAGCAGAAACUGAUAGAAACUGAUAAGGAGAUAGCUCCAAUAUUGGAUUUAAAAUACAAAGACAUAUCAGCAGUUAUUAUGAAAAAGUUUAAGGUCUUGACGGAAAUCCAGGACCUAAUGUUUGAUGAGAUAAGGGAAACUCUUAAAAAUGACCUAAAGGAAAUGUUAGGAGUAAAAAAUACAAUACCUAUAAUAAAAAAUUCAAGGAACUCCAGUAGCAGGAAAGAGUGGCAACAAAUAAAAGAUUUAACCUCAGAAAAAACAGGGCUGGUAGAGAAAAUAGAAGAGUACUCUAAAAUAGUUGAGGAUAUUGAAAGCUUAACUUUUGAAAGAAAAGUAAAUGAGCUGAGUAGCAAAUUAGACAAAGCUAAAGAAUCUAGUGGUAAUGAAGGUAAGAAAUUAUCCCAGAAUGAAUCACUAAAUCACAAAAUCAUGGAAAGUAUAGAAGAAGCCUUAAGCAAUAUAGAUGACAGAUACAGAAAUCGCAAUAUCCAUAUAGAAGUUACAGAAGGAGAGACUAGAAAAAAGGGAGAGGAUGAACUAAUCAAAGAAUUGGGAGAGGAAAAAAAACUUCAGAACUUCAAGAAUAAAGAGAAAAUUCUAAAAGCCUCCAGGGAAGAAGAAACGUUGAUGGAUGAAGGAGCAAUACUCACCCUGGCAGCAGACUUUUCAUCAGCAACACUGGAUAUUAGUAAGCAAUGGAGUAAUGUCUUCAAUAUUCUGAGAGAAAAUGAUUAUGAGCCUAAAUUUCUAUGCCAAGUUAAGUUAGCAUUUAAAUGUGAUGGUGAAAUAAAGGAAUUUUCAGACCUGCAAAGCCUCAGGAAGUUUAUUAGCCAAAAGUCUUCUGUGAAAGAAUUACUGGAAGAUGUACUCCCACAAAAUGAAAAAAUAAAUCAAGGAGGAAGAAGAUACAGGAUUCAAGAAAAAGUGGGUAAAACUCUAAUAGACUCAAAACAUGGAGCUGGAGGAACAACCAGUGAUGGCUUGAGCUUUCUAUUUAGUAAAGAGGUAAAAGUUGCUAAGCCAGAGGAGGUGAAGAACUUGGAGAUUCUGGAGGAGUCUUCUGAGUGGAAUGAAAAAGAAACUCCCAUGUUGGAGGAGGAAGAGGCUUCAGAGGUAGAGGAGGAUGAAGAGGCCACAGGGUUGGAGGAGGAGGAAGAAGGGGCCUCAGGAUUAGAGGAGGAAGAGGAGGAGGAGGGGGAAGAGUCCUCAUGGUUGGAGGAGGAGGGGGAAGAGAGUUCAGUGUUUUCUGAGGAACAAUACUCUACCUUUCAGGGUUGUAUUGCGGUAGAUGCAAAGCAUGGAGUUGAGGAAAUAAACAGUGAUGGUUUGGAGAUUAUUUUGAUUGACAUGGUAGAGGAUUCUGAGUUAGAGGAGGAAGAAGAAGAAGGAAAGGACUCUGAGGUAGGAAAGGUAAGAACUACCUUCCAGACUGAGAAAAAAGAAGCCUCAGGAGGACUUAAAGAAAUUUCCUCUAGUUGUUUGGUUUUGGACUCAGAGAGGAAAAAGUUGGUGAAACAUCAGGUGGUUCACAAAACCCAGGAGGAAGAGGAAACAGUUGUGCCCGGAAGUCAAGGAGUUGAGACACCCUGUCUGACCUUACACUUGGCCUCUCCCUCAAAAUCACUAGAAAAAAGUUAUGAUAAGUGUAAAAAGUAUCCAUGUACAAAUUUGGGUACUUCAUCAGGAGUCACUAAAAUUUUUAGGGAAACAGAGAAAGAGAGACACAAAAUUCUGCAAAUAGAAGAGCUAACACUCAAAGAGGCAGAGUUAAUACAAGAAACAGAAGAAAACUUUAGAAGAAGUGUGAUUCAUAGCAUCAGAGAGAUAAUAGAGGAGAUUGCAAAUAUUAAAAACUACCAUCCAGAAGUCUUGGAAAUUAAAAAUUCAAUAGAUGAGCUGAGUAGCAGGAUGGACAUACUGGAAGAAAGAAUGAACAAUCUAGAUGAUCAAAUUGAGGAAUUCUCUAAAGAUACAAUACAAAUGACCAAACAGAUAAUAAAUAAAGAAAGGUUAAGAGAUAUAGAGGAUAGAUCCAGAAGCUCCAACAUUCGUUUGAUAGGAAUUCCAGAAAAAGAUAAUAAUGAGAAUGGAGCAGAAGACAUAGUUAAGGAAAUAAUUGAUGAAAACUUUCUAGAGUUAAAGAAAGAGUCACCUCUUGAGAUUGUCAGUGCUUACCGAAUACCCAGUAAGAUUGAUAAAAGGAGACUCACUCCUAGACACAUCUUGGUAAAAUUUUGGAAUUUUAAUGAUAAAGAGAAAAUCCUAAGGGCUUCCAGAGAGAGAAAAGAAAUAACCUACCAAGGAACAAGAAUCAGAUUGACAGCAGACUUAUCACUGGACACCCUGGAUGCGAGAAGUAAGUGGAGUGCUGUCAUAAAAGUUCUGCAGGAUAAAGGUUUUAAACCUAGAAUUCUAUAUCCAGCCAAAUUGGCAUUUGAUUUUCAGGGUAAAACAAAGAUAUUUCUUGAUAUUGAAGAAUUUAGAAAGUCUAUUUCUUGUAUACCUUCUUUGAAAGAAUUACUAGAGAAUAUAGUUUAG